GGGACGGCCUCGGCCGAGCGCAGAAGAGCCCGUUGUGCGCAGGAAGUACGAUCCCGCUCGGGCCGCUCGCCGUCCCCGGGGUUCGCCAAAAUCCGCAGGGUUAACAGGGGCUAGUGGGUCCCGGAGGUGCGGAGGUGCCGUCCCGCCCAGAGGGUCUUCACACCGCGCACGGGCGGGUCUGCGCCAGCGGCUCGGAACCCCGCCGGAGAACUGGGCUUGCCGGGGUUAAUCCCUCGGGCCCAGAAGGGGGGGCAGACCCCGAACCCCAGGAUCAGAGACAGAAGGGUCCCGAGCGGAGACGAGAGUGCCUGCUUCGAUGCCGUUCCCCUCGGGCUGCGUGAGCGCCGACCGGGCCUCUGCCGCAGACAUGGAGAAACUCAGCGCCCUGCAGGAGCAGAAGGGCGAGCUGCGCAAGCGGCUGUCCUACACCACGCAUAAGCUGGAGAAGCUGGAGACGGAGUUUGGCUCCACUCGUCACUACCUGGAGAUUGAGCUGCGGCGGGCUCAGGAGGAGCUGGACAAAGUCACGGAGAAGCUGCGCAAGAUUCAGAGCAACUACAUGGCACUGCAGCGGAUCAACCAAGAGCUGGAGGAUAAGCUGUACCGGAUGGGCCAGCACUAUGAGGAAGAGAAGCGUGCGAUGAACCAUGAGAUUGUCGCCCUCAACAGCCACCUGCUGGAGGCCAAGGUGACCAUUGACAAGCUGUCAGAGGACAACGAGCUCUAUAGGAAGGACUGCAAUCUAGCGGCCCAGCUGCUGCAGUGCAGCCAGACCUACGGCAGGGUCCAUAAGGUGUCCGAGGUAACGUGGCCCCGCCCCACAGCCAGGCCCGCCCCGUCCCAGGACCACCCGGCUCCUUUUGGGCCACCCCACCCCGAAGCCUCUCCCCACCCUCCAAGAAGAAGCUGCCGGCUGCCCUCGGACUUCCAGCAGCGUGUGAGCCUGCACAUGGAGAAGCAUGACUGCAGCCUGCCUUCCUCACUCUGCCAUUCGGCCUACGCUGACAGCGUGCCCACCUGCGUCAUCGCCAAGGUGCUGGAGAAGCCAGACCCUGGUAGUCUGUCCUCGCACCUGUCUGAAGCCUCUGCUCGCGACCUGGGCUACCGCGACGGAAUGGAGAAGUCUGGCUCACGACCCCAGUACAAGGAAGACAUCUACUGCAGCGACACAGCUCUCUACUGCCCUGAUGAGCAUGAGCGCCAGCGCCAGCGUGACCGGCGUCCCAGCGUCGACACGUCCGUGACCGACGUGGGCUUCCUGCGUGCGCAAAAUUCCACCGACAGCGCCGCAGAGGAGGAGGAAGCUGAGGCUGCGGCCUUUCCCGAGGCCUACCGCCACGAUGCCUUCCCGGGCUACGCGGCCUCGCUGCCCACCUCCAGCUCCUACUCCAGCUUCAGUGCCACGUCCGAGGAGAAGGAGCACGCGCAGGCCAGCACGCUGACCGCCUCGCAGCAGGCCAUCUACCUGAAUAGCCGCGACGAGCUCUUCAACCGCAAGCCGCCCUCUGCCACCUAUGGGAGCAGCUCUCGCUUCGGCAAGGCCGCGGCCACCCUGGCCUCCCCACUCGAGGCCCAGGUAGCCCCAGGCUUUGCUCGGACAGUGUCUCCGUACCAGGCCGAGUCCUACCACCGCUAUUCGCCCUCCGCAGAUAGCCGGCAGACUGCUAUGCCUCCAAACCUGUGGAACCUGAGGGCCAAGCCAACCGGUAAUCGUUUUGCCGGAGGAGACAUUCGAGGCCAUUGGCGCCCCCUGAGCGUGGAGGAUGUCGGCGCCUACAACUACCAGGCUGGCAACGCAGGCCGCGCUGCGCCCUGCAACUUCGGAGAACGUUUCUAUGGCGCUGGCCGUGGCCACGGCCGCCGCGGCCCUGGUAGGAGCCACAGCAACCAUGCUGAGGGCCGUGCCAGCCCCCUCUAUGCCUCCUACAAGGCUGAUAGUUUCUCGGAGGGCGAUGACCUCUCCCAGGGUCAUCUGGCAGAGCCCUGCUUCCUCCGUGCAGGUGGCGAUCUGAGCCUGAGCCCUAGCCGUUCAGUUGACGCUGGCUAUGCAGCCAGUGAGGGGGAUGGGGAUAGGCUCGGGGUGCAGCUGUGUGGGGCUGUCAGCAGCCCCGAGCCCGAGCAUGGUUCCCGGGAUUCCUUGGAGCCAAGCUCCAUGGAAGCCUCUCCUGAAAUGCACGCUGGCAGUCGUCUCAGCCCCCAGAGGGCCUACCCCAGGACUGGAGGUUCUGGGCUUAGUCGUAAGGACAGUCUCACUAAGGCCCAGCUCUAUGGAACCCUGCUCAACUGACUGCCACCAGUAAACUGCAGUCAGGGGCCCCCACCAAACCUGCCCCAUAUAGAGAGUAGUCAGCCCCCACGUGACCAAACCCAACCGAGGAACUCUAGUUCCUCUGACCCUCUUACCAACAACCCAGUAAAACCCAAGAAGACAACCCUCUCUGCCACCGUGGUGUUUACCCCUAGCCUCUGCUACAAACUCCACCGAGAACAUUUACUCAGUGCGCCCUGCCCUGAAGUGAGCAUCCCCCGUUUUGUAAGUGAAGCUAUUUUUAUAGGGAAAAGGAUGUUUCUUCGUGUGCUUGCCUCCAGCUCCUUCAUUUCCAGUGAGGGUGUGUGGGGCCUGCCCCAGGGAAGGGGAGGCUGGGGCCCUAGGGAGACCAGUCUCCACAUGUGGGGAGAAGUUAGCAAGCCAGCAACAAGGGAAUGCUGAUAUUCUGUCCACUAAGGAGGGGAAACAGCCACUUAGGGCGCAGAAAUCAUCUUAAGCACCCAUCUCACAGUGCAACCAACACUCUGCCCUGAUCUACCCUGAGCUCAUCCCAUGGCCUGGCCUGUAGGCCCAAGAGAGGCCAGAGAUACCCCUAGAAUAGCCGGUGCUUGGUCCUCCCCUUCCCCUCCCAAUACCACCCGACUCUACCUCCGACAUGAGGUUUCUCCCACCCCACCCCCGCCCAGUGAACCUGUAGUGUGUGAUGCAUGCCGUCUACUAGUGCUGUAGUUUGAACUC